AUGGCAGAGCUGGUGGCCACCAUGGUAGUUGGACCACUGCUGUCUAUUGUGAAGGAGAAGGCGUCCAGCUACCUGCUGGACCAGUACAAGGUGAUGGAGGGUAUGGAGCAGCAGCACAGGAUCCUCAAACGCAAGCUGCUGGCCAUCCUGGACGUCGUUGCCGAUGCUGAGCAGGCGGCGUCCCACAGAGAAGGGGCCAAGGCUUGGCUUGAGGAGGUCAAGAGGGUGGCUUAUGAGGCGAACGAGAUCUUCGACGAGUUCAAGUAUGAGGCGCUCCGCCGCGAAGCCAAGAAGAAUGGGCACUACAGCAAGCUCGGCUUCGAGGUAGUAAAACUCUUCCCCACCCACAACCGUUUUGCAUUCCGUGACAAAAUGGGGAAGAAGCUCUGCAGCAUUGUGCAGGCCAUUGAGGUUCUUGUGGCUGAGAUGAAUGCCUUUGGGUUUAAAUAUCAGCAGCAAGUACCAGCAUCCAUGCAGUGGAGGCAGACAGAUCCUGUUAUCUUCGAUCCAAAGAAAAUCAUCAGCAGAUCAAGAGACCAAGAUACUUCAAAUAUUGUUGAUAUACUACUUGGUCAAGUCAGCAAUGAAAGUCUCAUGGUUGUUCCCAUUGUUGGAAUAGGGGGGCUAGGCAAGACCACCUUAACGCAGCUCAUUUACAAUGAACCUGAAAUUCAGAAGCAUUUCGAGUUGCUGAUCUGGGUUUGUGUCUCUGACAACUUCAAUGUUGAUUCUCUGGCUAAAAAAAUUGCUGAAGCAGCAAGUCCCAACAAAGGCCAAGUGCAAGAUGUACUAAGUGGACGCAGAUUCCUCCUUGUAUUAGAUGACGUGUGGAACCGAGAGAGUGAUAAGUGGGAAAAGCUCAAGGCCCGUCUAACACAUGGUGCCAAGGGUAGUGUGGUUCUGACAACUACUCGUGAUGAAGGAGUUGCAAAAAUAAUGGGUACAGUUAAAGCCUAUAAUCUCGCACCUUUGGAGGAUAAUUUCAUACAGGAAAUUAUCGAGACGAGAGCAUUCAGAUUGCAGAAAGAAGAAGAAAGGCCUGUCGUGCUAGUUAAUAUGGUUGGUGAAAUUGUCAAGAGAUGCUGUGGCUCUCCUUUGGCGGCAACAGCACUGGGCUCUGUGCUCCAUACAAAGAGCAGCGAGGAAGAAUGGAAAGCUAUAUCAAGCAGAAGCAAUGUUUGCACUGAGGAAUCUGGAAUUUUACCAAUACUCAAGCUCAGCUACAAUGACUUGUCGUCGCAGAUGAAGCAGUGCUUUGCUUUUUGUGCUAUGUUUCCCAAAGAUUACAAGAUUGAUGUGGACAAGCUGAUCCAACUGUGGAUCGCACAUGGGUUUAUUCAGCACCAAAAUGAAGUUAGUCCUGAAACCAUUGGCAAGCGGAUUUUCAGUGAGCUAGCCUCAAGGUCAUUCUUUGUGGAUGUGAAGCAAGUCCAAGUUUCAUUCCACGAAACUAUGCACAUCGGGGAUAGUUAUUCCCAACAUACAUGUAAAAUUCACGAUCUUAUGCAUGAUGUUGCACUGUCGACAAUGGAAAAAGAAUGUGCUCAUGCACCCGAGGAACCAAGUCAGAUUGAGUGGCUUUCAGAUACAGCUCGCCACUUACUUUUGUCUUGUGAAGAACCAGAAACUAUUUUGAAUGAUUCUAUGGCGAAAAGAUCUCCAGCUAUGCAGACACUUCUGUGUGAUUGUUAUAUGGAAGAUCCAUUGCAGCAUUUAUCAAAAUACAGCUCUUUGAAGGCAUUACGGCUCUGUACAUGGAGCAGAUCAUUUCCCUUGAAAUCAAAGCAUCUGCAUCACCUGAGGUACCUUGAUCUCUCAAGAAGUGGUAUCGCAUCACUUCCUGAAGAUAUAAGCAUUCUAUACAACCUGCAAACAUUGAACAUAUCUUUCUGCCGCGAGCUUCGUUGGCUUCCAAGACAAAUGAAGUAUAUGACUGCCCUCCGUCACCUCUACACUCAUGGUUGUCCAGAGAUGAGGAACAUGCCUAGUGACCUCCGAAAACUCAUUUCCCUACGGACAUUUACAUGUUUUGUAGCAGGUCCAAUUGGCUCUGAGUGCAGCAGUGUUGGAGAGUUGCAACAGUUAAACCUCGGUGGUCAGCUGGACCUACAUCAGCUAGAGAAUGUGACCGAAGAAGAUGCAAAAGCGGCAAAUCUCGGAAAGAAGAAGGAACUCCGAGAACUCACAUUAAAAUGGACUGUUGGUUGCAUCAAUGAUGCAAGAGUGCUCGAGGGUCUCAAACCUCAUGAUGGUCUGCAAGCUGUAAGGAUAGAAUCCUACGGAGGCACCACCUUUCCGACAUGGAUGGCUUUGUGGCGAAACAUGGUUGAGAUCCAUCUUUCUCAUUGUAAAAAACUGCAACGGUUAUUCAGUUGUGAUAGACCCUUCACUUUUCCAAAUCUGAAGGAGUUUACACUAAAAUCUCUGGAAUGUCUGGAGAGCUGGUGGGACAUAAGUAACGAGGAACAAGGAGAAGAGAUGACAUUUCCUCAGCUUGAGAAGUUAUCUAUUGCUGGCUGUGGAAAGCUGACAGCGUUACCAGAAGCAACACUGCUUGCAGAAUCUUAUGGUGCAAUGGCACGGUCAGCAUUUCCAGCAUUGAAAGUGCUCUACUUGGAUGACUUGGAAAGCUUUCGAAGAUGGGAGGCAAUCGAAGGAACUCAAAGAGGACACAUUGUAUUUCCUAGGCUUGAGGAACUUACAAUCCAGAACUGCCCUCUGCUGACCGCAUUACCGGAAGCACCGUUUGGUGGGGAUUAUGGUAUGGCACCCUCAGCAUUUCCUGCAUUGAAGGUUCUCAUAUUGAGAGAUUUAAUGAGCUUUGAGAGAUGGGGAGCAGUCAAUGGAUCUCAAGAAGAUGAGAUAAUGUUUCCUCAGCUUGAGAAGUUGUCUGUUAUAGGCUGUGAAAAGAUGACAGAAUUAUCAGAACAAGAAAAUGUUUGUCCAAAGCUGUCAACAAAAGCUAAAUCACCAAAGCUCAGUGUAUUCGAGAUGCUGGGAAGUGAGGAAGAAAUGUUCCUGUGGGUAGCGACACAUAUGACUUCACUGACCAAUCUGACACUGCGAAGGCAUGAUGAUGACUCGGAAACAACCUCUGUGGCAGCUGAUCAUAGUCUGACACAAGUGGUGGGCGUCAUGGAAAAAUGGAAUCGUCGUGAUUUCCCUCUGGCAAAUAUGGAGUUAAUUGGCUUUAGGUCGGGUGUAACUGAGCUAUGUGCAUGUUUUGUGCAGAUUCAGCGCUUAUGCAUUAAAGAUUCUGCUGCGCUUGUGCACUGGCCAGAGAAAGAGUUCCGAAGCUUGUUAUCUUUGAGGAGUCUAAAGAUUAUAUCCUGUGAACAACUGGUUGGAUAUGCACAAGCUCCUGUAGCUGAGCCACCAACAGCAUCAGAAUCCUCGGGUGAGCUCCUGCCACGUCUCGAGUAUCUCAAUAUAUAUGGUUGUAAAAGCAUGGUAGAGGUCUUCGAAGUCCCUGCAUCCCUGAGGAAAAUGAGAAUUACUGGUUGCAGCAAGCUCAAGUCUAUAUCCAGCAGUAGGCUGCAGCAGGGAGAGUCGGCAUCGUCGAUUAUUCAAGGGUCAUCAGCCAUGGCCAUGGAGGAGCAUAUUCUCUUUCCAUGUUUAGAAGAAAUAGACAUACGGGAGUGUGACAGCUUAACAGGGGUCCUCAAUCUUCCGCCGUCCCUCAAGGAAAUAAUAUUUAAUGGGUGCGGUGAGUUGAGAUCAGUAGAAUUUCAAUCAGGAGAGAUGCCAUUGUUGGAGGUCCUUCACAUUGCACGAUGCAAAACCCUGUCAUCCCUACCAGACGGGCCGCAAGCAUACUCAUCCCUCCAAUAUCUUACCGUUAAAAACUGCCCUGGCAUAAAGAGUCUCCCUGCAUGCCUGCAGCAACGGCUAAGCUGCCUUGUGUCAAAAUUUCUAGAUGCCCGUCAUCAAGAGCCUAGUCUUCUGAAGCCCAAGACAUGGAGAAAUGCCUUCCGCUGAGAGAAGUAUGCUGUUGAUAUGGACACCAUCACCCUGGGAAUCUACCAAGGAGCAGCAGGAGGUUCAAUUCGAUUAUAUGGCCGGGUCGUAUUCUGAGAUUUCUUCUGUUGUUGAUUGCGUGCGGCUCCUUUAUGAAGCUGCUUCCGCACAUCCAGGGUACCUGGAGUAGGAAUCAUGUUUCUAUGAAGUAUGUAUUGCCGCGCUUUCAGUUAGCUACAUUCAUUGACAUGCCAAGAACAGACUGGUUGUAACUCAGAUAUGUAGAUGUCUCAUGUGGACAGACUAGCUGUUUCCUCUUCUGCUGUAAUGAAGCUGGAGUCUUAUAUUGUUCUC